UGUGUGUGUGUGUGUGAGAGAGAGAGAAAUGUAUGUGUGUGUGAGAGAGAGAAAUGUGUGUGUGUGUGAGAGAGAGAGAUGUGUGUGUGUGAGAGAGAGAUAUGUGUGUGUGUGUGUGAGAGAGAGAGAGAUAUGUGUGCGUGCGUGUGUGUGUGUGUGUGUGUGUGUGUGUGUGUGUGUGUGUUUACACCCUGCAGUGAAACAGCUCCAUCAUGAUGUUGUCAGUGUGUCAGUGAGGGACUCACAGGAGAUCAGGACGCUGUUAUGAGGAGAUUCUUCAGAGUUCACAGGGAUGAAGAUUACGGUCAGAUUCAGUAUCUCACGGUCAAAUGCCUCCGACUCACUCAGGAGAAAGCAGUGUUUCAGCAUGAGCUGCUGGUGUCGAGAGAGCGGCUUCAGGCUCUACAGGCAGAGCUGGAGAGUGUGUCAGUGCGCUUGUGUCAUAAAGAGCAGCUGUAUGUAGAGCUGAACAUUAAAUAUGAAGAACUGCUGGAGAGACUUCAACAGCAGCAGGAGCAGCGCGUGGUCUCUCUGACGGAGGACAGGUUGGAAUACGUGUCUCUGCUGAGUCUGCAGCUGCAGCAGGUGAGCUCUGAUUUACUGCAGCUUCAGGGCUCUGAGACGCAACUCAUGGGCCUGCUGGACGAGCUGCACCAGGAGGCCCAGCUCAGAGCCAAGCAGGUAGAGGUCCUGGAGAUGCAGCUGCAUGAGGAGACCCUAUCAAAGACACAGCUAAUAGAAGACCUGGAGAUGCAGCUAAACAGUAAAUCACUUGAGCUGGUGGAGCUGCAGAUGUCUUAUGAUGCACUGAGGACGGAUAUGUGCGAUCAGCGCAGCGCCCACCAGAGGACAGUGGAGGAACUGCAGCGAGACAACUCGGAGAGUCUCGGCAAACUGCGCGAGACGGCUGAACAGUUCGAGUGGCUGUGCGAGCAGCAGCGCAGGUGGAUGUGUUGCGUUAAGAGGUUUAAAGAAUGUCUGUCAGGUGAGAAGGAGUCCCUGGAGUUGCAGGUGAACACAUUACAGGUGGAGUUGGAUUCUGUCAGGAGAACCGUUCGCUCCGACCAUCCUAUAGAACCCUGCAGCAGGUGUGAUGUUGCGGGGUUGUCUGAUCUUCAAGCUGAAGUAGAUCGCUGGAAAAUGCAAUAUGAAGACCUGCUGAACAAACUGACCACACAACAGGUUCAGUGGGCACCAGAUGUACAACAUAAACCCCCGUGAAGAUCCACACACACACACCCGUGCGCGCACGCGCACACACACACACACACACACACACACACACACACACACACACACACACACACACACUAUCCUCCUUAUCAAUAUAGUAUGCAGUGCAAACUUAACCAAACAGACAACAGAUAAACAUCUGUACUGUAGCGAUGAUGUCCUGAACAGCGUCCUCAGCGAAACACUUCUUUACUGUGUAUACGGACAUGACGUCAUGACGCAAAGAGGAACGACAUAAACCAACGAUUUCACACCAAAUGGGAAACAGCUCAAAGUACACAUUAUGUUUUAUAGGCCUACCGAAAUGAAUCGAGGUGAGGCAAGCACAUUGUUUUGAACACUGAUUGUUUAUGUACUUAAUCAAUAAUGGAACAUUUUUAAUCAAACAAUUUUACAGAGUGCAGUUUUAAUUAUAAUGUAUAGAAACUAAAUAAAGAGUUA